AUGGUUGUCCCUCUCGGCUCCCUUCCUUCAUCACGCGAUGGUUUUUACGCUGUGAACAACCAGUUUCUGGCUAACGGACCAAAAGGGUUCGUUGAGUUCAAGAUGCUUCAGAACGAGGACAUGUUCAUCAGGCUCGAUCUUCCCGGAGUUACUCCAGACGGCGUUAGGGUUCGCCUCGACGCGACGAAGAAAGCGGUGAUGGUGUUCGCCGACGCACCGAAGGAACACAAGCACGACUUCUCUCGUCGCGAGUACGGCACAACCUCCGGACUUGUUUGUGACUGCUGUGAGAUCUCUUCUUUCACCUCUCACAUGUCCGAUGGUGUUCUUCGCCUUCUCCUCUCCAAGACCAAAAUCCCCUCUCCACACCCUUCCUGCAUCGCUUUUCUUCGUGGACCUGAACAACAAGGUGGAGGUGGUUGUGGCUCGGGUAAACACAAAUUUCCCCAUGGCACGGAUCCACACGAUCCGGCUUUAACGGGUCGGAUAUUACAGCCACACCCAGCAGUGAACUAUGGGUCGGAGAUGGCUUACGAGUCUAAGCAGCUCCCGAACGGUGGUCUGUUCGUUCGUGUGGACAUGCCAGGAGUGCCUAAAGACAAGUUCAGUGUGUCCGUAGAGAAAGGGAGAGUCACUGUCUUUGGUCAGGCUCCUGCGGUUAGCCACGACUCUUCUGCCCGUUUGUACUUAGGUGACGUGGCUAUGCUGGCCUCUCCAAUCAACCUUCCUGCCCGUCGGAUUAAGACCAUCGCCAUGAACGGUGUCCUUCGCUUGAUCAUCCCUCCCGUUUGA